AUGACCAAAGACAGUCCCUCAGGUGGGGGGCCGCCUGCGGCCACCCCCCGCCUGUCACCACGCAAAGCCCCCUCCCAAGCCUCAGGUCCCGUUGGAGGAGGUGGCGGCAGCAGCAGCAGCUUGUGCCCGCCGCCGCCCCUCCACGAGGACCACCGGCGGGAGCUGGAGGCGCUGCGGGCGGAGCUGGACGCCGAGCGCCUGCGCUCUCAGGAGGCGCGGCGCCGCUUCGCCCUCGAAGCCCGGGAGCUCCGCGAGGCGGCCGAGCGCGACCGGCAGCUGCUGGCCGACCAGCUCCGCUCCAAAUGGGAGCAGCAGCGGGCCCGCGAGGUCCACCUGCUGAAAGAGACCAGCCUGCGGCAGCGCGAGGCCGAGAUCCGGCAGCUGCUGCGCUGGAAGGACGCGGAGCUGCGCGAGGCCCAGGAGCUGCUGCAGCGGGAGCGCGACGCCGCCAUGCGGCAGGCGCGCGAGCUGCAGCGCCAGCUGGCCGAGGAGCUGGUGAGCCGCAGCGGCGGCAGAGGCGGCGGGCUGAGCAGCGAGAGCCGCGCCAAGCUGCAGGAGGUCUUGGGCAAGCUCCGCUGGGAGGUCGACGGCGACCAGGCCGCCCGCAUCCGCCACCUAAAGGCCGAGCUCGAGCUGGAGCGGAGCCUCUUCCUGAAGUACAUCCUGGAGCGCUUCGAGGGGGAACACGCCCCGCCUGGCUCUCCGCACAGGACGAGGCUGGUCUCCUCGCAGCCGCGCAAGCUGGCCAAGAGCAGACCUCGCUCCCUGGAAAGCCUCGUCGCCGCUUGCCCCCGAGAAGCCGGAGCAGCCUCCAAGUCCCGCUCGCUGGACAGCAGCCUCAGCAGAUGCGAGUCUCCCCCGGACCAUGCACCCCCGGAAGGAGGGAGCCCCAAGGACAGCGGCUGCUCACAGCAGCAGCAGCAGCCCGCGCCCCAGAAGGCUUUGGAAAAAGAGAUGUGCUUGGAAGAUGGAGCCAAGCGACAGGACUCUGUGGAUGCGCCUCCGGAAGGGAAAGUCAGCGGCUGGGGGUCUGCAGGAGAAGGAGGGCCUCCAGCCGCCCAGCAGCAGCAGGACUGGCUGUCUAGCAGCAGUUACAACCAGCUAGUGAAGCAAAACACGGACCUGUUGAAAGCUCUGGUGGAUCUAGAGCAGCGAUGCACUCACCUCAAGGAAGAGAACACCUUGCUGAGGAAAGGUAGCUUCCCAGAGAUGAAAGAGAAAGUGAAGCGGCUGAAGAGGAAGAAUGGGGAGCUGACUGGCAUUGCCAAGCGCCUGGAGGAAAGAGCCAAGAAACUCCAAGAGUCCAGCUUCAAAGUUGGCGGUACCCCAAUACCGUUAACCCUGACUGGCUCGGAUGCGGACCUGUACAAGACCACGUUUGCUCGGCAGCGGGCAAAAGACCUGAGUGAACAAGCCAGUGCCCUGCUAGCUAAGGAUCAGCAAAUAGAAGCCUUACAGAGGGAGUGUUGGGAGCUUCAGGCCAAACUAACUGCAGGCAAAGAGGGCACUUAUUUUCUCAAUAUCAGUGAUUUUGAUCGCAUGCUGCGAGAGUCUCAGAGAGAAGUGUUACGAUUACAACGACAGAUAAUGCUUAAGAACCUGAGGGAAUCUCUUCAGCCCUCCAAAAAGGGUUUAAAUUAUGCUUCUUCAUUAGGUAUGCAGGAAACCUCAUCAACUAUAGAUACAUGUUUAGACGGCUCAUCUUUACCAAAGGAUUUGCCAAAAAAAUUGAGCGCACUGGUAAAAAUUGUAGGAUCAGAAGCACUGCCAUUAGGAAAUGGUUCUAAGAACAAUGAAAAGAGCACUUUAAAAACAGAUUCAGGUAGCGAGUAUCACUUACAGAUUUUGACAAAGAAGCUUGCUGAAAAAUUCAAACUAUUUGAAAACCUUAAACAUGAAGUGGAGGAAAAACAGAAGAGAUGUGAUCAUUUAGAAUUGCAACUUAAUGAAGUAUUAAGUGAAAAUGUCAGAAUUGCCAAGGAGAACUCUCAACUCCAUAAGAAAACUGAGAGGGCAGAAAAGAUUGAAAAUGAAAAUGCAGAGAUAAAGAUGAAACUAAUGCAGGCAACUGAUGAUCACAAUUCUGCUGUUCAGUUCACUAAGGGACUUGAAAUCAAAGUGGAAAAUUUAGAACAAGCAAUUAGGAACAUGAAAGAGAUAGCAGAAAGAUGGCAACAGUUAGAAUCUCAACAUAAGGAAACUUUAUUAGUGUUGCAAAAGAAAGAAGAAGAAAUACAACACCUGAAGCUAAUACAGGUGGAAAUAAAAAGAGAACAUGAAGAAUCGGUACAGCUACUUGAAUCUCAAGUGAGAGGGUUAGAAAAUCAAUAUCAUAGCCAGGCUGAACACUUUAACCUUCUAUCUCAAGAACUUGAGCGAUUACAAAUUAAAAAAUCUGGACUCUUGGAAUCAGAAUUAUCACAUUCAACAUGCAAUUCUACAGCAAUAAUCUGUCCAGAAAAACUGGAACAAGAUACCCACCACAAUUUCCACUACAGUAAGAACAUCAAUGAUGAAGACACUGCAUCCAUAGAUUCUGUUGGUUUGCUCAAAAAGGCUAAAGAAUUAGUAUCCCAAUCAAAGUCAUUUGGAUCUGAAUCCAUACAGAGCAGGUCUAAAUUUUGUCUUAAUUCAGAAGAAGAUACGGUAGAUGAAAUACCACUGGAGACAGAUAACGUUUCUAUAAAUUUUCAGCCAGAAAAUCAAGGUCCUUCGAAACUUCAUGUCUUUUUAGCGCGAUAUAGUUAUGAUCCUUUUGAUGGUCCUAAUGAGAAUCCUGAGUUGGAGCUUCCACUUACAGCUGGAGAAUAUGUUUAUAUCUUUGGAGAAAUAGAUGGGGAUGGCUUCUAUGAAGGGGAAUUGAUGGAUGGCAGAAGAGGAAAGGUACCCUCAAAUUUGGUAGAAGAAGUUUCUGGUAAUGAUCUAAUAAGUUUUCUUCCUUCAGAGCCAAGUGACAUUACAUAUAAUUUAUACCAUGAAAUAGGUUUGCCCUGCCAAAGUACUAGUAGUGAAGAAAAAAGUGACAGCCUGGAUGAAGAUAUGAGUGUCAAUCUGCAGUCUAACAGAUUGGGGGGGAAACUAUGCAAUGAUCAGACAGUAGUGCCUUAUCCCCAGAAUCUAACUCUUAUUAAACAAUUUGCUAGAUCCAUCAUUAUAAGCUGGGAUCCACCACAUAUGGUAGAUACCUGGGGAGAAGUGUAUAGCUAUAAUAUCUAUGUCAAUACAUAUUUAUGUCACAAUGUGAAGCACAGCAGUCAGAUGAAAGCAAUGAUUGAGAACCUGGAUUUACAGUUGCAUUCUUAUCGAAUCUCAGUACAGAGUGUGACAGACAAAGGAAAUUCCGAUAAGAUGCUAUGUACUUUUCUUGCAGGAAAUAGUUUCCAUAUUGCACCAACACUCCUGGAGCUUCAGAGCAUCACUGCAACGUCAGCAAAAAUCACUUGGUUGCCAAGCAACAGUAACUAUGCCCAUAAAGUGUAUCUUAAUGAGAAAGAAUAUAGUGUAAUAAACACAGGGGUCUACUGGUGUACUAUCCAAAACCUUAAACCCAGCAGCCAAUAUAGUGUAAAAGUAGAAACUCAGGCCUUUAACAAAGUGUUUGAGUUUCCUCAGGGUAAUUUGGAGCAGAUAUCAACAGCAAUUACAUUUACUACACCAUCAGCAGGACCACCUGAUGCUCCCCUUGAUGUCCAAGUGCAACCUAGUUCUUCCGGAGAGUUUCUUAAUAUUACUUGGUUACCAGUAACAAUUGAUGCAGUAGGAUCAUCCAAUGGGGUAAAAGUAACUGGUUAUGCGGUUUAUAUCAAUGGACAGAAAGUAACAGAAAUUAUGUCGCCAGUAUCUGGAAAUGUAUUAUUACCAGUGUCUCAACUACAUAUGUUCCAAGAGUCUUGGAAGGUUUCUGUAAGAACUGUCUCUCCCUUUGGAGAGAGUGAGGAUUCUGUGCCAACUUUAAUUCCAUCCAAUCUGUUGAAAGUUCCUAGUUCUUUAUUGUCAAAUUCUGUUGCUUACGCCCAAGCUUCUGAGUUGACUUUCAAAGAAUUCUUAGAGUCUGAAGAUGGUCACAUCCAUACAACAACCAGUACAUCUUCAUCCAUUUUUUCCCACAUAGACACAGUCAAUGCAGACACCAAUUUCUCCAUUCACUUCACUUCUAAUUGCAAAGAGUCAGUAACUCCUAAAGUAGUGAAUAUUUCUCAGAAUCAUGUGUCCUCGUCUACACUGAUAACUUCUCACAAUACAAGAAAUAAAGAUGAGAGUGAUUCUAUUCUAUGCACAUCUGAUGGGUCGCAAUCUUCAGAACAUGCUUUUCUUUCAUUAAUGAAUGAACAAUUAGCCAAUUCUGAACCAACAACAUUAAACUUAUUUGCUGAAGAUACUCCAAGGGAAAUGUUAGAAGAGUGUUCUCAGCCAAACAAUACUAAGAACAAGGUGCAUGUACUGACCCAGAGUACUGAUAUGACUGCAAAAUAUUUAUCGUUCCAACGCUAUAUUGAGAAAUCUGAGGCAAACUGCUCAAGUCCUGAGCCCAGUGUUUCUUCUAUAGAGCUUGAACUGGAGAAGGGCUGUAACAGAGACGCAGGAACCCAUAACUCUCUUCAAGAAGAAAUGGGUAGUUUCUUUGACAAAAAGCACUUGAAGCAGAUUAAACUAUUAUGCAAAGAACUAUCCAACCUUAGUGUGUCUAAACUUGAAAAAGAUGGAGAGCAAAUAUUAAGAACUGACAGUUGGCAAACUCUUAUUGGUGACCACAACCAUAUUUCUGAUCUUUCAGAUAUCGAAGAAGAGGAGAACCAAGAGUAUAAAACCAGUAUUUAUGGCCAGGAAGACUCUAGAUCACAGGGGAGGGCGAUAUCUCCUGUAGAAUUGGCAAAAGAUACAAGUAUAACCAUGACUUUGAGAGCUGACCAAACAAUGACACCUUUAGUGCCUAUUUCAGAUAGCUCCACAAGAUUAUUUGUAGCCCUUUAUGACUAUGAUCCCAUAACCAUGUCGCCUAAUUCUGAUGGAGCUGAGAAAGAAAUAUCUUUUAAAGAGGGACAAAUUCUAAAGGUGAUUGGUGACAAAGUUGUCAAUGGUUUUUACAGAGGUGAAUGUGAAGGAAAGGAAGGAUAUAUCCCAUGCAAUAUGGUGUCUGAAAUGUACAUUGAAAGUAAGGAAGUGAAAGAGCAUCUGUUAAAGAAAAGUUACAUUGAAGAUUAAGACUUAUGAACAGGUUUGUAUACAGAGUAUAAUAGAUGGACAGUAUAAUAACAAAACAGAUCUGCCCCCAAAUGGUGACGAGAUAAUAAAACUGAACACUUUCUGUUUAAGGCAGCCUUCCCCAAUCUGAUGCCCUCCAGGUAUUUUGGACUAUAACCCCUAACGUCCCUCACCAUCACCCAUGCUGGC